CAACGCAGCAGUCCCAAAUCGCGCGCCAGUUCGCAGCCUUUCAUCGAUUGUUAUUGCAUUGGAAUGCAGUUUGAGUUGCAAUAGGAUUCAAAUUGGAGGGAAAACCGCGCUCUCGCCAUCAUCGUCGUUCUUUUUCGCAGUUUGCAGUGAACGAAAAUCCGACUGUCAGAAGUUUAAAAGCCCCCUAAUAGGAAGUGAGGAAACUGGUGACGCGUUCCAGUUGUGGCCAUCUUUUUGUUCGAAGUUAAUUACAGUGAUUUAGUUAAUCCAGUGCACAAUGUCUCAGCCAACAGUCGCUGCGUAUUUUAACACCAGAAAACGUGUGGCAGGGGAAGAACUCAGUGCAGCAACUCGUAACAAGAAUGCCUCCGUCGAUGAGUCGGGAUCCGCUGGGACCCCGCAGGGGGAUCGGAAGAAAAUUACCCGAGCUACGCGGUCCAUCAAGCGGAUCGGCGCGACCAAAGUGGACGAAAAGAGCAAGCAAAUGCUGGAGCAACCAAAGUUGGUGCGAUUCUUGAAGCUGGGAAACUUGUCUCCGAAGAAGAAGCUGAAUCAGUAUCCGACCAGUCCGGCCAAAGCAUGCACGGCACCGGACCAGGCAGCAUUGCCACCUGCGGCCAAUACGGAGUUCUCCGCUAAAAACAACACAUCCAACGUAGAGCGGGGCAUGAAGACGCCAACGAAGCAAGUUCCUCCGACAUUGAACCAGGCCAGAAAAGCCGCUUCCAAUGUCCAGAUCAGCAAGCUAACCAUGGAGGAAGCCCGGAGCAAACUGGGCCGCAGCUCCCGGCUGGCCGAACUGAAGACGUCGCUAAACAAGCUUCAGAGUGGGUUCGACCGGUUGGAUCGACUGGAGAAGGUCCGGCUGGGACAACGUCUGGAAGCCUCCGGUGCCCCGAGUCCGACCACCGCCGCACGGAAUCUGAAGGAGUUCGAACGGCUGGAGGUGGAGGUCCCGGUGAGCCCUCAGAAACCGUUCGCCUCUCCGACGAAGACCCUACACCGCACUCCAACCAAGGCCAGCCACAGUGCGUUGAUGUCCCCGCGGAAACAGGUUACACCGAAACGUCUCAGCAGUUUGAUGAGCCCCAUCAAGGAACCCACUGCCACCCCAGUAACGGCCAGCCCCACCAAGGUUCCCGCCUAUCAGCGUUUCCAGACCCUGGUUGAGUCCGGUACACCGUCCCUCCAGCUGCCCUAUAAAUACCGCAGCCUGGCGGAACUGUUCAAGUGCAUCGACACCGUUUGUGCCAUGUUUUACAACCGCAAGGAGCAGAUCACAUUCAAAAAGCUGAAACCAGCGGUGCAACGUAUGGCCCGGAAGAACCUGUACGAAACGCAUCUGGCACAAAUUAAGACCCUGUUCCCCGAUGCGUUCGAGUUUAGUCAGGAACUCACGAAAAACUAUGGUUCCGCGACUAAGAACGAAUACUAUCAGUUGAUUAUCAAACCUAACGUCGAAGAGAAAGAACCAGCAAAGUGCGAUGACGAAGACGCUAACGUUAUCAGAAGCGCUCAGAAUCAGUCGAUGAAUCCUCAGGUGUUGAUUGAACGUUACCAGAAAUUCAACAGAAUUCUACUGGCCCGUGCCAAGGAAGCUCACGAAAAAUUCCUUCUACAGUUGGAUCCACCAGUUAUCAUUGAAAAGCAUAAACUUACCCGUUGGCAUCCAGAUUUCAAUUUGGAAAGUUGCCCCGACAUAGAACUUGGCGAUGUUCCCCAACCACCUAAUGUGGAACGCUUCUCUUCGGCAAAGGACAUUCUCUCCACCGCCAGAAACCUCUUCAACUGCGGCACCGCAAUGGAAAAGGCCCUGGAACGCCUGGAGGAGAAAAAACGUGUUAACGCAGCGGCCACAGAGAACCCUGCUAAUCGUCCCACAACCUCCACCAUCACCUCGCAAGAAGAAACCAACAAGAAAAAGACUGAACAUCCCUUCCAAACGGCGUUGAAAAACGUCCCCCCGUCCCUGCUGGAGAAAAUCCGCGCCAAGCAGGCCGCCAAAGCCUUAGACCAAAUGACUCGACGACCUUCGCAAGAGAAGGAAGCAAUUCAGUACUCCCGCCUGCCGGAGAUAGCGCGACACUUACGGAACGUUUUCGUAACCGAGAAGAAGAACGUCCUUCCCCUGGAGUCGGCUCUGGUGAAAAUCGAAAACAGCUACCGGGGUCGUCUGACCGUUACGGAACUGGAGAACCACCUGAAGCUGAUUUCCGAGGUGGUACCCUCCUGGCUCACACUGACCGAGGUCCGCAAAACCAUGUAUGUGAAGAUUAUAAAAGACUUUGACCUUGCCAAGGUAAUCGCCCUGCUCGAGAAAAAGGCGACCGAUAAACUAAAAUGCUAGAAAAAUGCUGCUUUUAUUUAUACUUUCGUGUUUUGUUAGGAUAAUUUUACAUUAUUGUAAUUUUAGUAGUUCCUCUUCUACCAAAUUUUGUCAUAACCAGUAUGAUACCGAUAUUUAUAAGAUCACGAAUUCACCGACACUUACAUAUCAUUUACACAAUUUACACUCACCAUCAUUAGCUUUACAGCAAGCUUUAUUGUUAGCACAUCAAAAUUGAGUGGUUUAUGGAAUGGUAAAUAGAUUUACUUUAAAUUAUCUUUAAAAUCAUUUUGACCAAGUUUUCCUUCGCUAUUCUUUUUAUUCGUUCUUUUACAUUUUACUUAAUUUUUGUUUUUCUGAAUGUUACCCUACAGCACAUAAGAAGAUAUUUAAUAAAAGCUACGUUGGCUGAAA